AUGGGACCUGAGUAUCGCCCGUCGCCGGCGCCGUUCAAGCACGUCUUCGAGCUCCGCGACUCCACCAAUACCAUCCUCCACGCCAUGCGCCGCUCGCAGCCGACGCCCGAGAGCGUCCGCGAGAUCAGGAUCCCCUCCGCGUCGCACAACGUCGCGGGCGACGUCGAAAUCUACGCGCUGGACAUCAAGCGCAUGGUCGAGUCGUCCGGGAUGCCCUUCUUCGCGGUGGAAUACCGCCUCGCGCCCGAGUUCCCGGGCGGCGUGGCCGCCGAGGUACUGUUCCACGGGCAGCGGAACCUCUCGGCACACGCGGCGGCGUGGAACGUGAACGCCCGAGCCGUGUUGGGUGAGGAGGCGGGGAGGCCCGAGUCGGAGGUGCCGCUGUACGUGGCGCCGGGUCGGGCCGGGGUGGAGGACCUGCUCGGCCUGCCGAAGACGUAUGUGGGCGUGAGCAGCCUGGACCUGUUCCGGGACGAAUGUAUGAACUUCGUGGGGAGACUGGCGAGGGCUGACGUCGAGGGGAGAGUAGUGCGGCACUCGAUAUGCUUUGCGGGUGUAACAUCGACUGUAUUGACCAUGUUCCAGCUCUUAUUUCAUCGAUGCCGACAACAGCAGCCGACCUUUAUCCGGUAA